AUGCCUGGAAGAACGCUUCCAACUCUCCCGCAAGCCGACGUUGCCUCGCAUAACACCGCCGAGUCUUGCUAUGUCACUGUCGGGACCAAGGUCUACGAUGUAACGGACUUUCUGGAGGACCAUCCGGGAACUGACGAGUUGAUACUGAAGUAUGCCGGCAAGGAUGUGAAAAAGGCUAUGGAAGAUCCCAUGUCCCACCCACAUAGCGGCGCAGCCUGGGAGAUGCUGGAUGAGUACCUGAUCGGCUUCGUGGCGACGGAUAAGGUUUUAGAGGCAGUGAAGGACAGCAGUGAUCCGUUCGCUGUGCUGCCAAUGGAGCCGAGUGAGAAGGGUAUGCGGGAACUUGAGUAUACGAACGCAGAAGCGGCGCAGGAAGACAAGGCGGUGUAUGAGACCACAGGCAUGAGCACUGCCGAAGACCUUAACAAGGAGACAGACCCUGCUUCAGACUACAAGCGACAUCAGUUUCUCGACCUCGAACGGCCAUUGUUAAUGCAGGUCUGGAACGGCGGCUUCUCCAAAGAGUUCUACCUCCAGCAAGUCCACCGACCACGACACUACAGGGGUGGCGAAAGCGCGCCCCUGUUUGGCAACUUCCUUGAACCGCUCUCGAAGACGCCGUGGUGGAUCGUACCUACCUUAUGGAUACCACCGGUAAUUUUCGGCACCAUCUUCACCGCGCAACAUCUACACCCACUCUCGGUAGCCCCAUACUGGUUAUUCGGGUUGUUCUUCUGGACGCUGGUCGAGUACGGCAUGCAUAGAUGCCUAUUCCACGUGGACUCCUAUCUUCCGGACAACCGCGUCGCGCUGACCUUGCACUUCCUCCUCCACGGCAUCCACCAUUACCUACCCAUGGACCGACUCCGGCUCGUGAUGCCACCUGCACUUUUCCUUAUCCUCGCAACUCCAUUCUGGCAUCUGGCGCACACGGUCUUCUUCUACAACUGGUAUGCUGCCGUCUGCGUCUUCUGUGGUGGCAUUUUCGGUUACGUUUGCUAUGACAUGACCCACUAUUUCCUGCACCACAAGAACCUGCCGUCAUACUACCGGGAUCUGAAGAAGUAUCACCUUCAGCAUCACUUCAUGGACUAUGAGAACGGCUUUGGCGUCACGAGCAGAUUCUGGGAUCGCAUAUUCGGUACCGAGCUACCGCCGCCACCGAUUCCGAAGGUCCUGAAGACUGUAUAG